AUGAGAGCAUUAAUAAGAUAUUGGAGAUCAAAAGAGAUAAUUUGUAAAAAUUAUGUAAACAAUUUCUGGGUUGCACACCCAUACCAGAAAGUUUUGUUAUAUAUAAGAGACUCAGUCAUAUUGGAAGAUCUAAAAACUUGCAGAUUUGUUAUAGCAGAAAAAGAUUAUUUAGAUUCUGCACAAAACAUGAAGUACUAUGGAAUAGUAUUAGACACAGUAACAAAAAUGGUUACAGUGCCAAAUACCAAAAUCAAUGAUGUAAUAUGUUGUCUACAAAAUAUUUUAGUCAAAAAGCAUCUCACUGCUUAG